AUGUGGAGCUACUUCGUUGGUUUCUUGGGCCAAGAUCAGGUGAACUUGGGUGGAGUGGUGGGCAAUGCCAAGGUGGGCUUGAAUAUGAUCGGCAAUGCGCCACUGGGGAAUAUGUUUCAAUCAGUUUCAACGGAUUCCGGGAUGCUUGGCCUUUUGCCCGGAUGCUUUUCGGAUCAAUGCAGGGGCCCAGAGGAUUACGAUGAUUUGUUGUCCACUCUGGCGAGACAAGGCAAGAUUCAGCGAGCCUUCACGAUGUGUUUUCAUGACGGUCCUGAGGGUGGCGGAAAACUUUAUUUAGGAAAGCCUGAGGUUCCCAAUGAUGCCACGAUCAUCAGUCUGGUACCCUUAACCAAUGGGCAGAGUCCCUACUCGCCUCUGUCAACGUUUGACGGCAAUUCCUAUGUGGAGUUCUACUUCGGUCAUGUCAUGGUGGGGUCGAAAAAGGUGAUGGAGUGGAAUAACAUGAUGGAAAACUUUGGCGGGUACUCAGAUACUGGUACACCUGGUUUGAUGUUGCCUUCCAACGUCUACAUGAAGAUCUUUGAUGAGCUCCGAAACGGAUUGGCGACAGAUGAGCAAUGCUUUUCUCUGUGGGGCUACUCAUUGCAGAAGCUGCAGACCGGUGGUCAAAUCACGGUUUCUGAAGUUGCCGCAGAAUGCGCCAAGCCUUACUUGAAAGAUUUUGAAGUGAAGCUGGGCCCCGGUGUCUCGAUCACGGUGUCCAAGUCGAGUUUCUUUUACGAGACGGAGCCUUGUUCGAAGCAAUACGGGAUUUCAUGGGUUUCCAGCGGUAGCGAAAGCAUGAUUUUUGGUACAGCCCUGAACUAUGGCAAGUCGAUACUCUACGACACCACGGACCUGUCCGCACCAAAGAUGGUUGUGCUGGGCCCUGCGGGAGGCUGCAGUAGAGACUAUUCCGCGGCAGGCGCCAAGCCCUUAGUGAUGAAGGGCGUUCCGGGGCAGGUCCUAGGUCGGGAUGGCACCAUCACCACCGACCUGACCGUGGGCACUCCAGGGCAAGAAAUUACCGUCCAGCUAGACACGGGAUCGCAAAAGUUCAUGGGCAUCCACCAGACCUGUCGUAACCUGGGCAAUUGCUUCCUGGUCCAGCCGGUCGAUGGCAAAAAUACUGCGCUGCUGCCCGGAAGGGAUUUCGCCACGGCCACAUGCCAAGCGCAGAUGCGGGACGUCUCCCGAGCGCUGGCGCAAAAGUCCUGCCAGAAAGUUCAUGGCAAAACCCUGUGCGAGUGCAGCAGUCAAGAGGACUGCCUGUCACUGAUCAUGCAAGCGACAUCGCAGAAUGUUGUGCCACACAAGAUUUGCGCCAUUGGCCGGAAGAUUUGCGGGGACCGGGUGGACUUUGAACCGGAGCACUCCAGCACCUUCCAGCCCUCGCAUUUUCCGAGCUAUCCAUUUCUGAAGCCUCCUGGGAAGCAACGCAUUACGGCGCAAUGUCAUUUGACUCACCUCUGUGCUCGUGGUAAACGCGGCAAAGCCUACGGCCGGGAUGCCAUGGGUCCAUCCGAUGACAGCGAUGAUCGCGACGAAGGGUACCGAGACGAAGAGGACGAAGGUCCGGACCGAGACGGCGAUGAUCGCGACGACAGCUCUGAUGGCUACGACAGCGGCUAUGAUGGCUACGACAGUGCCACCCAUCUCAGCAUUCUGCUGAGCCUACUGGCAAGCUGCAGUUGCGAGGACUGUGCCAGCGAUGUGACCUCCCAUGUGCAGGUGGAACAAGGACGUAAAGACGUCCGUCGGAUGGCACAGAGCAGCAAGCGAUCCAAACGAAUGACCCGUACGGUGGUCCAACCGAAUAAGUUGUAUUGGCAAGGCUAUGGAAACCCGAUGUGGAGCUAUUUCCUUGGUUUGAUUGGCCGAGACAGGGUGAACUUUGGAGGUGUUGUGGGCAAUGCCAACGUGGGUUUGAAUAUGAUGGGCAAUGCGCCGAUGGGGAACACGUUUGAUUCAGUCACAUCGGAUUCAGGGAUUCUUGGCCUUUUACCAGGAUGCUUCUCGGACAGCUGCAACGGGCCUGAGGACUACGAUGACUUGCUGACCACUUUGGCACGUGAAGGGAAGAUGAAACGGGCCUUCACCAUGUGUUUCAACAACGGCCCUGAUGGUGGAGGGAACCUUUAUUUGGGAAAGCCAGAGGUGCCCAAGGAUGCCACGAUCAUCAGUAUGGCACCCAUGAACGGGCAGCAGAACUUCUACUGCCCCAUGUCAAGUUUCGAUAGCCAGGAAAAUGUGGAGUUCUUGUUCGGUGACGUGAAGGUGGGGUCCCAGAACGCCGGAGAGUGGAACGAGAUGAUGAUGAACCAUCAGUCAUUCUCUGAUACCGGUACCUCGGAGACAACCAGAUUUGUUUUGAGGAUCAUCUUGCUGGAGAACGUGAUGGGCUUUGAGAGGGUUCUAGACCGUAUCCUUAGCCUGAUUCGACGGAACUUGGUCGGGUGGACAUUGGCCAAACUGCUGGCCUCUUUGCUUCACGAUACCCACAAGCUGCGCUUAGCUCUAAAUCUCCUAUUGGGCUACAAGAAGGAUGUUGCACUGGCAGACACGUCUCAGAACUUGGGAAGUUUGCCAAACAUCACCACGAAGGACAGACCCAUGAUGUGCUUAACGCCCCAGGGGCGAUUCCUGUCCUUCGUGCACCAGCGGUACAUCACUGGCCGGGAAACAUGUCUUCUUCAGGGCAUGCCCAUUCAUCGUCUCAAACUCUCCAGUGUCUCAGAGAACGUACUCCAAUCUCUGGCUGGCAACAGCAUGCACAUGAGAUGCAUUAUGGCUGCCAUAUGUGCGUCGCUCAAAGUUGUGUCCCCGCAGAAGUUGUACACCAAUUUGGACUUGGACUUGAACUUUUAA